UGGCAUCGUGCGUCUCCGAGCGCAGGAGCACGUCCCAGGAGAGAGGCGAGGCAGCGUGCCCAGUGCCCGGUUGCUUCAGCAGGGAAGACUCCCUUCCCCCUGCCUCGGGCCGCGGAGCUCUGAUCAACACUCAGAAUGGAAGCCAUCGCCAAAUAUGACUUCAAAGCUACUGCAGAUGACGAGCUGAGCUUCAAACGGGGGGACAUCCUCAAGGUCUUGAACGAAGAGUGUGAUCAGAACUGGUACAAGGCCGAGCUCAACGGGAAAGAUGGCUUCAUCCCCAAGAACUACAUAGAAAUGAAACCACACCCGUGGUUUUUUGGCAAAAUCCCCAGAGCAAAGGCAGAAGAGAUGCUUAGCAAACAGCGACAUGACGGGGCCUUUCUUAUCCGAGAGAGUGAGAGUGCUCCUGGCGACUUCUCCCUGUCUGUCAAGUUUGGCAAUGACGUGCAGCACUUCAAGGUGCUCCGAGACGGGGCUGGCAAGUACUUCCUCUGGGUGGUGAAGUUCAACUCCCUUAAUGAGCUGGUGGACUACCACAGGUCGACCUCCGUCUCCAGAAACCAGCAGAUCUUCCUCCGGGACAUAGAGCAGGUGCCACAGCAGCCGACCUACGUCCAGGCCCUCUUUGACUUUGACCCCCAGGAGGAUGGCGAGCUGGGGUUCCGUCGGGGAGACUUUAUCCACGUCAUGGAUAACUCGGAUCCCAACUGGUGGAAAGGCUCCUGCCAUGGGCAGACCGGCAUGUUCCCCCGCAACUACGUCACCCCCGUGAACCGGAACCCCUAGGCAGCUAGCCAGGGUUAUUUAAAAUGAAAAUGUCAAAACCACAUCCAGAAGUCAGAGCCCUCAGCUGCCUCUCCUGCAGACACCUGGCGGGUCACCUGGUGGCCCACUCACUGGGGACAGUACUUUGGGGGGGUGGGAUGGGAGGGGUUGGAUAUAAAAAUGCCAAAACUUACCUAUAAAUUAAGAGAAGAGUUUUUAUUACAGAUUUUCACCGCUGCUCCUGUCCUCUGUUUCCGUCUUCUCUCUGCUGUCUGUCAGUGCAUGAUGCCACCGCCCCUCAGUCUCCUUGCCCACGGCUGGAAGAGACAGACCCCCAGUGGCUUGGGACGGUAUGCAAGCGUCCCCCCCGCUGACCAAGGAGCCCCGCCCCCACUGCGGGUCCCUGUCCCCACAGGAGAGGGUUGAGCAGAGGCGGCUCAGACCCACGCCCAGUCUCCUUCCAAGUGGCGUCGUCACGCGUGUUCUUUUCUCAUGGUGCCUUUGUGCGUGUUUCAAGGGCGGCUUUGGUUUGUUUGCAAUAAGACAGUCAAGCGCUUUUCAGCCAGUAUGUUGCCUACUCUGUAAAUCUCUCUGGCCUGGAGGUUGGGGGCGGGCAGGGUCAAGGAAGAGGGACAUGGAGCAUUCAGAGGUCUCAGAGGGUCAGCUUUCACACCUGUGAGCCCAUCGGAGUUUAGGGGGCCUGCCUGGCUCCGGGCAGAAAUCCGGGCAAGCUCCAGCCCAGGAGAGCACGCAGAGAAGAGACUGGACUGCAGCCCUGCCUCACUGACCCCGCGCCAGGUGAGGCCAGGCCAGGAGAAGGGGGUGGUCUUGCCCCUCGCAUGAGGGUCUGUGGCUCACCUCCGGAGUCACCUCCUUUUCCCUGCUGAGGGAGACCACAGUGGGGGGGGUGUCCUGCCUCCUUUCACAGCAGGCUUUUCAUGCCUCUCCACUGCCCCCGCUCCCAGAAGUGAAGCCGAAGCAGCCGCGGUGAGGCCCAGAGGCCUUGUCCUCACACAGCUGUCUGCCCUCUGCCAGCCCUAGAAGCCCGCAUCUUUGCCCCAGCCCGCCCCCUCUCACCGCAGGAAAAAAAGGCCACUUAACAUUUCUCUCCUCGUGAGCGAGGCUUCUGGUCCUGGACUGGGGGUGCCAGUCCCCGGGGGAUGCGGGGCUUGCUGAAGUUGGCCCUGGAGGCUCCAGCCAGGCAGAGCCCCGCCUGAGCCUCCUGCGUCCCGCCCUGCGUCUGGCCUCUGGGCUGUGACAAGGAAUCAGGCAUUCUACACCCGGACCAUUUGAUUGUUUUAUUUUGGAGUUGGUGUAUAUCAUGAAGCCUUGCUGAACUAAGUUUUGUGUGUAUAUAUUUAAAAGGAAAAAAAAAUCAGUGUUUGAAUAAAAUGACUAUGUACUUAACCCUUUAACUCUGCGGAUAGCAUUCGAUAGGUAGUCAUUAACUGUGAAUAAUAAAAGACAGUGAGUUCUUCA